ACAUUGCACCGCAUCGUCUAAGCUCGCCUGCCCUUUACAGCAGCUUACUACUACAAAGACGACAACACAGCGCGCGCGCGCCAAGCUGAGCUCAGCUCGUCACGACACGCCAGCAUGGUGGUGCCUUCCACGACGCCGGUGGUGCGCCAAGAAACGCCACCGCCGUCCCACGACGGCAUAGGCAUACCGACGGUGGACCUGUCGGCGCCGGGCGGCCGCGGCGCGCUGUCGCGGCAGGUGGCGCGCGCGUGCGCGCAGCACGGCUUCUUCCGGGCCGUGAACCACGGCGUGGCGCCAGGCCCCGCCGCACGGCUGGACGCCGCCGCCAGGACGUUCUUCGCGCUGGCGCCGCACAACAAGCAGCGCGCCGGCCCGCCCAGCCCACUCGGAUACGGCUGCCGCAGCAUCGGCUUCAACGGCGACGCCGGGGAGCUCGAGUACCUGCUGCUCCACGCCAACCCGGCCGCCGUCGCGCACAGGGCCAGAUCCAUCGACACUGAUGACCCCUCGCGCUUCAGCAAUGUGGUGAACGAGUAUGUGGGAGCGAUGAGGCAGCUCGCAUGUGAGAUCCUGGACCUGCUCGGAGAGGGGCUAGGGCUCAAGGACCCCAGAUCCUUCAGCAGGCUCAUCGCUGACACAGACAGCGACUCACUCCUGCGGAUAAACCACUACCCUCCACCAUGCGCCAUUCACAAGCUUGACCACGACAGUCAGUGCAGGAUGAAGAACAGUUUCAGGAUCGUGGCAGGCAAUGGCGCGAACCAGUCGGCAGGUGCACGGAUCGGAUUCGGGGAGCACUCAGACCCGCAGAUCCUUAGCUUGCUCCGAUCAAACGAUGUUGACGGCCUUCAGGUGCUUCUGAACAGCGACGGCAGAGAGGUGUGGGUUCAGGUGCCAGCCGAUCCAUCAGCGUUCUUUGUCAAUGUUGGUGAUCUCCUCCAGGCCUUCACAAAUGGGAAGGUGAUAAGCGUCCGGCACAGGGUAAUUGCAAGCUCGAGCAGGGCGAGGCUGUCAACGAUCUACUUCGCUGCGCCGCCACUGCAUGCACGAAUUUUGGCCCUCCCAGAGACAGUCACAGCCAACUCACCCAGGCAGUACCGGCCCUUCACCUGGGCCGAGUACAAGAAGACAAUGUACUCCCUCCGCCUCAGCCACAGCCGCCUCAACCUCUUCCACAUCGGCCAUGAUGACCACGGCAAAGGAGAACAAGAAUAGGGAGAAAGUGGCUGAACUGCAGGCAGAGAGUUUAUGUUGGAGGCUUAGGUAGGUAGAAUUGUCCCCAAAAUUUUGGCUCUCUGGCCUCCACAGCCAGAUAAUGUCUAGCAGUAUGCUGGUUCUGCCAAGUGCCAAUGGGUAAUAGUAUUUAGCAUUGUACACAAGUCCUUGUUGUAUGGAACUGAUGUACUAUUGCCUGUUUUAGCAGUUUGUUGUCUC